UCCCCGCGGGAGGGCGGGUGGAGGGACGGCGGGACAGUGAGGGCCCCGCGGGACGCGGUGGAGGGUUCGGGCCCCUCUGGGGAGGGCGGGGGGCUGCGAGGCUGAGCAGGGUCAGGGCGGGUCCACAGCCCAAGCCGGCCGGGUUCCUGGAUGCCUUCCAGAGGAGAGGGUUCGGUGCCCAGGCGGGGACGUGGAGGCUUUCUAGGAAUGAGUCGUGGGGAGCAGUAACCUUGCUCGAGCGCUUCCUCUGGGCCCCGCCAGGCCAGGCAUGGCUGCUGUUCGCUUCCACGCAGCAGCAGCCACCGCACUUUCUGAACUCGAUACUAUGAUUAUUUUCAUGUUAAGGAGAAACUGGGUGUUAGGGUCACAAAGCGAGCAGGUGAUCACAUGUGGAUGGGUCUGCUGCUAAAAGUUCAGGUUACUAUCAAGAUAUAGGGUCACGGUGUACGUUUGGGAUGACUAAGUAGGGAGAUUAUGAGUGUUUUAUGCCCUGUGCCACUCCAGGGAAGAGGACGGUUAUGUGAGGCAUCUUGGCGAAUAGAGAGAGAGAAUCCAUAGCAUAGGGUGGUUACUGGUGUUGAGACCUGGUCUGUACCAGGCGGUGACCUCAGACAUUGCACUGAGAACAUCUGGAUGAUUUUUAGAUAUGAAUGUUGCAGAGAUCUGUUCAUUCUAACCUUCUCACCAUUUCCCUCUGGCAUUGACCAUGAGACCUGGGACAGCUUAUUCAGUGCUCCAGAGCCUCCAGCCUCAGUCGGCUCAUCUGUACCCAGGACAUCAUGCUAGUCCCCACCUGCUCGCUCUGGCUGUGGGUGGCUCCCCCUUGACGCCUAAAGAGAGGAGCACAUUGGAAUCUGAGACUUCAGGCCCCAGAGAAAGUGUACACGGCCAGAGCGGGGCGAUGGCGGUGGCCCUGGGUUGUGCCAUUCAGGCCUCGUUGAAUCAGGGCUCCGUGUUUCAAGACUACGAUGCCGACUGUGAAGUCUUCCGUCAGCGCUUCAGGCAGUUCCAGUACAAAGAAGCAGCUGGGCCUCAUGAAGCUUUCAACAAGCUCUGGGAGCUUUGCUGUCAGUGGCUGAAGCCAAAGAUGCGGUCUAAGGAGCAAAUUCUGGAGCUGCUGGUGUUGGAGCAGUUCCUAACCAUCCUGCCCACAGAGAUAGAGACGUGGGUGAGGGAGCAUUGCCCAGAGAAUAGAGAAAGAGUUGUGUCACUGAUAGAAGACUUACAGAGAGAACUGGAGAUCCCAGAGCAGCAGCACCGGUGUCGACUGGAGAGUGAUGGGAUGUGCCCUUUCCCCCAGAUCGAUAGGCAGGAAAUGCUGUUGGAGGAGCUGGCACCAGUGGGCCCGGCACAUGUACCACCAAACAUCCACCUGGAGUCGCCCCCGCUGCAGGUGAUGGGACCUGCCCCGGACGCCCCUGGUGCCGAGGCCUGGAUGCCCCAAGCAGGGCUGCCAGAGCUGGGCUACGGAGCUGCUGAGGACUGCCAGCCCUUCCUGGACCCUGGAUAUCCAAUACCAAAGCUUGACGUGAGCUUUCCGUUGGAACCUCGGGAAGAAGCGUGGGUGAAGGAACUACAAGAGUCCAAAGAAAUGAAGCAAUUACUUGAUUCCAAGAUCGGUUUUGAGAUUGGGAUAGAAAAUGAAGAUGAAACUUCCAAACAGAAAAAACUGGAGAACAUGUACCCAUUUAUUGUUACUCUAGAGGGAAAUGCUCUCCAUGGUCCCAUUUUGCAGAAGGACUAUGUGCCGUUGGAGAAUCAGUGGGAGAGCCCCCCAGAGGACCUACAAACAGAUUUAACAAAACUGGUAGAUCAGCAGGAGCCCUCGGCAGGAGAGAAACCUGAAAAUUCCAACUUGGAAGAACCUCUCAACCCCAGGCCCCAGAAGAAAAAGAGUCCAGGGGAAAAACCUCACCGAUGUCCUCAGUGUGGGAAGUGUUUUGCUCGGAAGUCGCAACUCACAGGGCACCAGAGAAUUCACUCAGGAGAGGAACCCCAUAAAUGCCCCGAGUGUGGCAAAAGAUUCCUCCGUAGUUCAGACCUAUAUAGACACCAACGGCUGCACACAGGGGAGAGGCCCUAUGAGUGCACCGUGUGUAACAAGAGAUUCACUCGGCGGUCGCACCUGAUUGGCCACCAGAGAACCCAUUCGGAAGAAGAAACGUACAAAUGCCUGGAGUGUGGGAAAAGCUUUUGUCAUGGAUCGAGUCUCAAAAGACACCUGAAAACGCAUUCAGGUGAAAAACCUCACAGAUGUCACAGUUGUGGUAAAAGUUUUAGUAGACUGACAGCUCUCACUUUGCAUCAGAGAACUCACACGGAAGAGAGACCUUUUAAAUGUAAUUAUUGUGGGAAAAGCUUUAGACAGAGACCCAGCCUUGUUAUUCAUUUGCGAAUUCAUACAGGGGAGAAGCCAUACAAGUGCAGUCACUGUUCUAAAAGCUUCAGGCAGAGGGCAGGCCUCAUUAUGCACCAGGUCACUCACUUUAGAGGACUUCUUUGAGAAUUGUUAAAGGCAACAGGCUGCCACAGAAAUUGACACUAACUAAAAUAAAAAAAAAAAAAGAAAUUGACACUAACUUAAAGCAGCCUUUUUGUCUUAGAAGAACCUUUUUGUUUGAGCUUGUGAGAACAGGUUUUAAAACUAUUCUGAACCCCAUCUUCCAAAGUAUUUGAAUUCUAGAGUAUCCAUCUACCUUUGCAAUGUUCCCAGAGUUGAUUUAUUCUGUCUCUUAUUUUUUUUUAUUACAAUGAAAUGUUUUGUGUUCCAGGCCAACCACAUCAUAGAUAUAAAGCAUAAAGCAUAUAAUCGAUGACAGUCCUUUUCAGGGUAGUGUUAAUAUGAUGGAUCACCAUGUCCAUCAACGUAUCUCCUAUAGCAGCCCCAGAAUUUUUCUGCUGUCAUUGUUAAAGGCGAUUAUAUUAGUUCAAAGCUUUAUGUGUCCUAAGUAGCAAGAAAGGAGACAGUGUAUUUUGUCAAAUGAUAGAAAUGUGUUGGGAACACAUGUACCUGGUAAGAAUGGGGUUAUGUCCAUUGGAAGUUUUUAUGUUUAAGGAAAUUAAGAUUUUAACCUUUAGUUAUGAGUUGUGCAGAGUUUGCUAGUCUGCUUAGUUGGCGGUCUGGGGUGAUGCUACAUAGAACUGAGUAUUCCAUUGAGGAUUUCUUUUGUUCAUAGAGUAAGUAAGCUCUUUGUGGAAGAGUCCAUUUGACAGUUGAUGUCAUACAAGUAGAAUCCGAUUCAAUUUAGACUGACUGAGGAACCAGUGUCCUUUGCUUUGUACUCUCCUUUGGUAUUCACCCAAUGCGUCUCUUAGUGCUUUUAAAAUUUUACCCAUUCUUUAAUUCAGUGGCCCCCUAACUGUAUGUCAUAGGGCACUUAGUUCUGCAAGAUACUUUACAAAUAACUCCAGGACUCCCUGCUGUCUCCACUUUCUAGAUUCACAGUGCCCAUCAGCCUGUGGGAGUGUCUGAGAGGCCCUCCGGUAAAGGUGGAAAAAAGCACCUCUUUUGGCACAGUGUUUUGCCAGCCUGUUUGACCCCAGAACCCUUUGUCAUGUACACCCAGUGAUAGCCCACGGAACUAGUAUCCUGCAAAUAUUCCUUGGAACACACUGUCUUUAACAAAUAUAUCUGUAGCUAUCAGUAUAGUCUUGUUGCUCCCAAGCCUAGUUAUCUCCAGUUGUUUCAGGGGUGUUACGAAAAGUUUUCUACAUAUAUACAUUUUUUUUUAUGUAAUACACACAUCAUUAAGGAGGUGGGGGUCACUACUUUUGAGAUCAUUUGUACAUCACUCAGUGAUUCUCAGCCUCUGUGGAAUUUACUUAUAACCACACACACAUAUUGCUACUUAUAUAAACAUUCUCAUGUAAUCAUGGUAAUGACUCAAAGUCCUGUAACAAGGGAAGAACUCUCUUUGUCAGUUAUAGCUGUUGGUACCUGAAAAUAAUCAUUCAGCCUAGUUCCUUGUUACGAAACACAAGAGGUAGGACGUUCAAGAAUUUUCCCUUUUUGAAGACACCAGUCAUCCUUUCCCUAAUCAAGAAUGAGGGAAAGUAUAUAUAUUUUUUCUAUUCCAUUGACGUUCUCGGAAGUGAUAUUGACUAUACAUAUUUCGGGGGCAACUACUAUGUGCCCAACUACUCCUGUUCCAGGCUUAAUGGAAACCAGUAAAGACAUGAAUCCAUGAGUCCGGUUCAUAAAGAGUUUAUGAUAUCGUUAGUUAAACAAGAGUUGGGAAACACAUGGAGAAUAAUGCAAGAGAGUUUGGAAUUAAGUGCCAAAUCAUACCAAGUGCUAGAGCCAGGGUGUGUCUUUAAUUCUUGUCAUCCGGGUCCCUGUAUGAUGCUGCUAUAAGUGUGGGGUUCACGUUGAGAUCCCAGUAGCAAUAAACACAUAACGUGGGAGGAGUCUGAAUGUAGAGUUGAACAAUACGGAAUGUAACGGCUUCUCUUUUCUCUCUUGUGGACUUGCAUUCAAACCAGGACAGUGCCUUAGAAUGGAUGUGCCCAACUGCUCUGUAUCUAUGCAAUAUUUUAAUAAAGUGGAAAUGUGUAUGCU